CUGAUCGCAAUAUUGCGCUCUACUUGGACACUCGUGAUCCCCUCCAGUUUACUGACGAGCUAACGAAGAAGAAAAAACUAUUGCAAAUGUCCUGCAGAUAUGAGACUAUUAGACAAUAUUUCUGUCCGAAUAAAAUACCAGUUCCGAAUUCCGGUCCAUUUGCUCUGCUCCAUAUGAAAGCAUUCGCUCAACAAAUGUGUUGUUCAUCUGCCGAUUUCACGACACCGUUCAAUCGGAUUACGGACGUGGAAGCUGACAUGCAUCGAGAGGACAUUCGCGGUGGUGUUGCGCUCCGUGCGAACGAGAUCAUGAUGAAUGCGACUGAUUUGAAGUCAUUAAACGUCACUGCAGAGAAACUCGAGCCGGCGAUUACGCUCUCGUCACUGCAGCAUAAGAGUAUACUUGAACAGCUUGGAGUUUCCAUCUGUCAAGAAGAGAAUGAAAAGUUAUAUACACAUUUCAAUCUGGUCUCGGAGAAAAUGAUAUGGAUUGAGCAAACACCAUUGCUCAAAGCUGCCCAGAUAAACGUGUUCUUUAUGGAAAUCAUCUGUCCUGAUGAGAAGCGUCCAAUUGACUCACGGAUACCGACACCGACAGAUGCGCAACCGUUAGCCUCGCUGUUUCUUCUAAAUCCGCGGUCUGAUCGAGGAAGACUUUUACAAGUUGACACGGGGGAGGAGAAAACAGCCACAAUCGCCAUGUUUGCGGUGGCCAAAUAUUUGGAAGGAUACAAAGUGGAUAUUUUGACCACUUCUGUCGAGUUGUCAUUUCCCCAGUCGGAAGAGCAGCGACCGUUGUUUGAAUUAUUUGGUCUAACCAGAGCACAUAACAGUCAAGACAAUUGGGACUCUGACAACUGUUAUACCGCCGACAUUGUCUACGGUUCAGUGGAUGACUUCCAAUGUCACAUCUUGCAUCAGGAUUUCAGUAGUCGUAGCAGACGUGGAAAACGUACUCAUGUGAUUGUAGACGAGUGGGCCAAUGAAGAUCUCAUUUUGGAAAGGAAACUGAAAACCUUGGAGGAAUCAAUCCCCGCUAAAGAUGAUCAUACUGAACAUGCUGAAAUUAUGGAUGAGCUUGAAAAAAGUGGCACUUUGGGAACGUUCACUAUCAUGAAUAAAAAUCAGAUACGAUGGAAAUCGGUGAUGGCUUUGGCUGCAAUUAGACUACGUCAAAUAGCUACAGGAGCUGCCCUCACGGUAUUCACCAUGGGCGUUGGUAGUACCAUAGGUAUGGGGUUAAUUACCGAGGGUUAA